CCGUUGCUAAGGGCGGCCGCCAUGGCGGCGCCCGGGAGAGCAGCCAUUGCCGUCCACACCCUUCUCUUCAUCCUCCUCCUCCUACUCCCGCCGCCGCUCCGGGCAGCGGAGCCGAGCGAGGAGCCCGCAGACACUCGCGGUGCCGCCCAGGCGCGGGCCCACUGCGCGCCGGCCCCGAUCACGGACGUUGCCAGGCUGUGUGUGUGUGACCUGCUGGUGGCACAGUGUGAUGUCAACUGCUGCUGUGACCCCGAUUGCAGCCCCGAGGAGUUCAGCCUCUUCACUGCCUGUUCAGUCCCUGUGGUCACAGGUGACAGCCACCUGUGCAGGCAGAAAGCUGCUGUAUAUUCUCUUGAUGUUGGAGCAGACCCACCAGAAAGGAUAUUUCAAUUAAUUGACCAAGUCAACCCCAGUAUUUUCUGCAUUCAUGCUACAAACUAUAAACAAGCACUUUACCUCAGGUCCCCUGAAAUGCCAACUCCAGAAAAUUUUGAUGAUUUGCUUAAUGAGUUUGGGAGUGCUGCUUUCAGUGCUGAGCCUGAGAGCUGGAAUAUGGACACAGAUGCUCCAGACCCUCCUGAUGCAAAUGAAACUCAGAGAUAUGAGUAUGGGGUUCCUAUACAGACAGAGGAUGCAUUUCUGAGACUGCCAAGUCCUGUUGUCUCCUCCUGGUGCUCUGAUGCCAAUCCUGCAGGGUUUUUAGUAAACCAGGCCACAAAAUGCAUCAGAUCAGUAAGUGUGGAAAAAUGUGAAAGCAUUCAAGCACUUAAUAUGCUGUUCUACAUCAACUCCAGCAUUUUGGCAGUGCCCAAAUCAAGUCAGAUGGUUAAUAUUUCUGUCCAGUCCAUAGUUGUCCAGUCCCUGGAUGGAAUGAGGACUCUACUGAAGGGUGCUGAUGUCCUGAGGCUCCCCAUGAUUUUGGAUGAACUGUGCUUAAAUAUAGUCCUUGGGGUGAGUUAUCACAUUACCUACACAGACACAGGAGAAAUAAUAGAAGCAGCUGCUGCUUUUGUCUUGGGGGCAAUUACCAAAGAAGCACUUUCAAUCCAGCAGAGCUUCCAAAUCAGCUUCACUCAGGUAGACACAAAGCCAGUUCCUCUCAGUGGCAAUCCUGGUUACAUUGUUGGGCUGCCUGUGAGAGCAGGAUUCUGGCCUCAAGGAUCUGGCAUCACUCAGAGCACCAACAAACCCAGCCAGCUCUCCAUCCUGCAGAGCACAUCCACCCAGGACUGCCUGGCAGCACAGGGAGCCAGAGCCCCCGUGUUAUUUGGUUAUAACAUGAUCUCAGGCUGUAAGUUACGAAUUACAGCAGCUAUGAAAUGCCAGCCUUUGGCUCAGACCCUCCUGGAUGUACUGAAGGGCCAAAACUUUCCUGAGUAUGUGGCCUCAUUUGGGAAUUCCCAAGCCCAGGAUGUGCUUGACUGGGUGCCAAUAACUCACCUCCACAUCUCAGAACAGAGCUCGUGCCAAAUUCCAGUGUCCUUUGGAAUAGAAGUGAAGUGGACUAAAUAUGGAUCCCUGGUCAAUCCCCAGGCCAGGAUAGUGAAUGUUACAGCAACACUCACCACCACCACACUGAAGCAGCUUCCCUCAGGAAGGGAAAGGACUAUUCCUGUAACAAGUUCUGUUGUUUUCACUGACAUUUCCUCACCUGCAGAGCCAGGCUAUAAAGCUUGGCCCACCAUUAACAUCAAGUUACCCUUUGAUUUUUUCUACCCAUUUGUCUAAGUUCAGUUAUGCUUUGAGCAAAGCUCAGUGGCCCUUCCAGCUGAGUCUGCCUUAAAUCCAUUGGAGACACCUUUCAGAAUUCCCACUCAUCGAAUCUGACUCUCCAACUAUCAAAUAGUGUCUCCACGGGGACCUUCCAGUACCUGCAAAUGCUCAUGUUUGCUUGAACACCAACCUGGUCCUUUAGGAUUUGCUUUUUAAUGGCUUUUCUGGAGCCUGACUGUUCCCAGCAGUUCCACUCACCUACAUCUGUUCUGACAUAUUCCAGUUCUUUUAACACCUUGAUUUAUGAGCUGUGGAAACAAAGAACUUUGUAGCCCAGUGAACUGAAAAGGGAAGAAGGGAUGAGAAAAGCAGUAUCAGACCUGGGACCUGCUGGUGGAACAAGGCUCUGUCUGACGUGGGGUGGCACAUGUUUGUCUCUAUUUUGGGGCUGAUUUGAUUGUCAAGGGAAGGAGCGGCCUGUUGGUGGUUUUGAAACAAAUGUUAUAUAAAUAACAAAGUGGCACAAGCAGCAACAGAAAUGAGGAAACUACCAACAAUAUGAGAAGAAUGGUUGGCAAAGAGAUGUAUAUUGAUGAUGAACGGUCAGCUGGUGGAGGAGAAAUUCUCUUUUCAAGCCUGAGUUCUUAUCAUUUCUACUGCAAGUUCUACAAGAUGUUGCAAACAAAGAAUGUUAUCACAGAAAAAAUGAAAUUAUUUUAAAUAAGUGGUACUUCUAUGGGUGU